AUGAGUUUGCAUGAUUUGGCGAACUGGUCCGAAAAACCAUGGACAAAACGUUCAACCAAACGUGCCCAACAAGCAACUGACGUACUAGAUCAUGGUAGACAGUUGCGCACCACAGAUGCUUUUCAUGAUGUGCCAUCCAGAUGGUUUGUGCACCACGAAGCAGCGCCAACUGAAGACCAGGAGGAUCCUGAUGAUGCCAAUCAUUUUCUUCAUGAAGCGCCCGAAUCAAUCCAGAUUUUGUAUGAUGAUCUUUUUGCUACAGGUGUUGUCCAGGGACCAAGAAUUCACGACAGUGUUUUUCUUAGGUCAUGGUAUAUCCACCACCUUCAUGCGCCACAAUGCUUUCAAUCCAGGGUGAUUGAAAUCAAUGGACACUGGAGACUCUGGUUCCAAGAUAUCAUGAAUGCAUGGCGUGAUAGAAUUCUGCCCAUGGAACAAACGAUUUUUGAUAUCGUCCAGCCAGCACCGCCACAGCCCAAUGAGGUACAUGAAAUUACGUUCGACAUCAUCAUUGCACAAGGAAUCGAAGCGCCUAGACGAGCUGGCCUUGUGUCUGUUUGCCACGCAGACAAUCCAGCCCGGCACUUGAUUUUUUCUGUUGCUGUAUCAUUGUCGGAACAAACAAGUGGACAUCAAGUAGUACAAAUGGCGGAAUAUCUUCACGAGUGCAAUCUCCACCAAUGCACCCUCCGACACGGAGGAGCCAUUCUGCCAUUCACGUUGGAACCGGUCCAUGCUAUGCAAGAUGGAGAUUCUUUCAUUGUUACAGCCCGCAGUGCAGUUGUUGCCAACACAGCUGUAGAUACUGCGAUGGAUGAAUUUGACCUGUCUGACCAUGUGCCAAAUGCUAAUGGAGAUGAUGCAUCAGUCGAAAUGCAUUCCUCUGUUCCUUCUCCAAGUUUUGCGGCUGAAGAAACUGGUCUCCGAAGUACGGUCUUACAUAGGCUAGAGCCUUUUCAGACUGUAGGUCAACUUUGUAAUGAUGAUGACAUGGGUGCUCUUGAUUCUGGUUGCAGGAAAGGUCCAGUCGAUAAAGGCGCGGAUUUGGACGGGGACAUAGACGUUCCCAUGAUGUCGUCAAGACCCACAAGCCGUGCUGCACGUCCGACUAGGCCAGUUCAUGACGGCACUGAAACUUGGUUUUGGGAACUCAGCCAGAUUUUCCAAUCCCAUUCGGAAGAAGAAGCAUUUGAGGGUGAGUUUUUCAUUUAUAUCCAAACUUGGUUUAUCGACCAUGAACGGCACAGCGUUUGCCGCCGUCCAAGACCGGUACGAUUGGAUCAACAUUGGAUCACAUGGUUAGAUGACCUCCGGCAUGAAUGGAGAGAUAUUCUUGCACAUGAUGCUCCAUUUUCAGUCCAUAUCAUUAAGCCACGGCCGCCACAGUUUCGCCACCAUGGAUAUGCAUGUCACUUGUUGCUUGAGCAAAAUCGACCACGUGGUAACGCAGCUGGCAUUUUGACAUCCUUGAUUGAAGGUCCCACAAAUGAUGGUAUCACUCAAGGUGCAUUUUCUGUUCCACGUUUUUUGCGCAAACAAGACAUCAUUGAUUUCCUGGAAGUCGAACCUUUCUGUAGUGGACGCAGAUGUACCGCAUAUCAUGAUCAAGUGCCAAUUCAACUUGUGCAGGCCACCGAAGUGCACUCUGGUUUUAGCAUUUGUUUGCGGAUUGCAUCACAAGAACUCCAACGUCCGUACGCACCACAUGACAGGCCGCAGUUCUUUGAGGAUUUGGACUUAAUGCAGAGGUCGAUUACGAUCCAUGGGCCUCAGAAUCGGGCAAUUGACAUCCCUAAUGAGGCUGAAACGAACUGUGAUCCGUUUGUACCACCUUUUCAGUUCAAUGCUCAUGCCGCUGCCUUCCAACCGGCGCCACCGAUCCUUCGUGCGCAAUCGGAAUUUACCCAAGACUUACAUCUCCUAUGGAGUGCUUCAGCAUCCUCAUGGGAAAAUGAAGUGCCUGCUGCCCAUGUUUUGACAUGGUUUGUGGACCACCGACAAGUGCCGCCGAUUUGCCUUGACAGCAGACAGGUUACACUCCAUGACAAUGUGCAAGAGUGGGAGACCAUCAUUAAAAAUGCAUGGCGUGAUUCCUUGGAUAACACGCAGCCAAUUGAAUUGUAUGUUGUGCAGCCGGAUCCGCCUAUGAUGCAGCCCAGCAUUUUUGCUCAUGUUGUGCUUGUUCAAGCUCCAAGAGACAAUUGGGUCUCAAAUCUUGUCACUGUCUUUGAUUCAUUCAUCAGCAGUAGAGAAAGGAAUCUCAUGCGGCUUGUUGUGACCACGCAUGAGCACUUCAGUCUCCACAACAUUGCACUUGCUUGUGGUUACGGUUUUAUUGGCAGCGCACCAAUUGACCCAGUUGCAUUUCAAGGAUGGGUCAAUCGACACCCACUUGAACCUGGACGAUUGUGGCCAGGGCGUUCUGGAAGUGAAAUCACGUUGCAGGUUCAGCGACAAGUAGUGCCGCUGCCAGCACAUCUCCAACCCCAGGAUGCCCAAUUUCUGCUGCAGACUCACAGUGUUCGCAAGAUCCCAGGAUCGAAAAUGACUGACAGUAGCCUGACUGAUGGAGACAGCCUGAACAGUCAGGAUCGCAUUGUCAUUGACCUGGAUGCGGUACUAUUUAGUCCGCAUCUAGUGCCUGUCCAGCUUAUCCAUGCAAGUGACUGUGACAUGCCAGCACAUUUUCCUGAUCAUGUACUUGUGCCGGAUGGUUUUCAUGCAGCCGACAUUGAAAAAGCUUUGGAUGAAUUUGGACUUUCAUAUCAUGCGUAUGUUUUGCAUGCCACUGGAUUUUCCUUUGUCUCGCCAAUUUGCUGGAGCAAAGAAGAAAUUGUUCUUCACAAAAGUGAUCAUGAACCCACAACUCAUGAGCACAUGAAGUUCUUGCAUGCAAUUGGAUUCACCCGAGCUGUCAUCUUGGAUACUCAACAGCCACGCUGUCGUGUGUUGCUUGUGCGGUAUCACAAUAACACUCCUGCGCUUGAGGAAAUGAAGAAAGUGCAGAAAACUGCCACAGCAUGGCCGCAGCCGCAAACCGUUAGAUCCCAUGCAGCAAUGUAUCGACAACCCACGGCACAGGAUGGCCCCAUUGAUCAUUUGCUCACUUGGAAUGUCACCUUCGAAGAUCUACAUGAUCUUUUCCACUCAGGCAAUGACAUCCUGUGCCCAUGGCACUCGCAUUUGGACUUGCCAGAGAUUGUCCGAAAUGCGCUGCUAGCGGAUGCCAGCCAUGAAGGGCAUGUGGAGUCUUUUUCAACCUUUGACAGAUUGAUUGUUUACACUGAUGGACUGCCGCCGAUUGUGAACGGUGGCUUUGCAAUUCCGCCGCCAGAUCCGCCAAGCGUUGAUAAAGAAGUGUCUGAGCAGACGGAUCAGAUUCAUUCAAAGGACGUGAUCAGACUUUCAAGUGGUGCCCAGCAAGGUCGACAUGGAGUCGAGCUGUGGAUCAACACGAAGCAGCCUUUCUGCUAUGCAAAGGGAAAACCGCAGUUCCUACAAAGAUCGCACAUUCAGGUCCAACAAGUCAAUGGACAACUCGCACAGAUUCUGACCAAAGCCUGUCCUCUUGACAAAACAUGUGCUAAAAAACCGUUCAUUGACCAGGCUCUGUGGCACCUGCGUGCACAAAAGUUGCACCUGCGGAAACGACUGCAAACUGCACAACGCCAAAGAUCAUUGCUCCUGUUGCGAUGUACCUUCCAGUAUUGGCAGCAAGACGAGGUGGAUGAAACUGCUCAUUGCCAGCAUGAAGCAUAUGUCACCUCUAUCCUGUGUGCUGAGCUGAAGCUUCAUUGUCGUUAUUAUUGCAUUGCUCGGACGUUGAAGAUGCGUCUUCGACAUGCCAAAGCAAAUGCUUUACAGGCAGAAUUACAUGGUGUUUGUGACAAGACGGCGGCAGGUGAAAUCUUGCAUCGGAUCAGACCCUUCAUUGGACCAAGCAAUCCAAAAAAGAUCAAGCGCGCCUGUUUGCCUCUUGUUAAAUCCAGCACGGGUCACAUUUGCCAGACGCCGCAAGAUGCCCAAAAUAGAUGGAUCGAAUUUUUUCAACAAAUGGAAAAUGGCACGAGGAUGUCUUUGCAAGCCUACCGCUCUGGCUGGGCUGCCAAUCUCCGUCAUUUCCUACAAGUUGAUAGCCUCAAAGUUCCAUUGCAAGAACUCCCAACAUUGGUUAAUUUGGAAGCAGCCUUUCACCGUGUUGCGGUUGGAAAAGCAGUUGGUGCAGACAAUGUACCGCCUGAAGUAUGCCGAUACAAGGCCACUGAGAUGGCGCGAAUUGCCUACGCAAUCAUGAUGAAAACAUGUUUGUAUGGGCAGGAAGCUGUCGAGCAUAAAGGCGGUCGAUUAGCAAUUGCAUGGAAGAAUAAAGGUGACCCUGCAGAUUGCGCUGCCCACCGUUCUCUUUUAGUAUCCAGUCAUUUUGGCAAAACCAUCCACCGGGCAUUGAGACAAAAAUAUCAUGGUUUAUACAUCCAGUACAUGCAAGCGCAGCAGCUUGGUGGUAGACCAUGCAUGCCAGUUGGAGUUCCACUGCACAUGACCAGAGCGUUCAUGAGAUGGCAGCAAAGAAUGCACCGAUCGACUUCCAUUGUUUUCUUAGACUUAACGGAAGCGUUCUACCGAGUUGUGCGUCCUUUAGCACUCGGUGGAGAUUUCAGUGAUGCACACAUUGCACACAUUGCUGCUGGUCUGGGCCUUGAUGCCGAUGCUCUGCAUUCCUUCUAUCAACAGCUUGGUGAGCCCUCAGCUCUGCAAGAGACGGGGGCACCUUUGCAUGUUCAGCGAUUCAUGCAAGCGCUUCAUGUCGACACAUGGUUCACCAUUGGUGACCAAAAUGACUUGAUUAAAACAGCACAAGGAUCGCGCCCAGGAGACAGUUAUGCAGACGUUGUUUUUGGUCUGUUAUGGGCCAAGCUCCUCCGCAAAUAUGAACAAAAGCUGAUUGAUGCGGAGUUGCUGACAUUCAUCCCUGAUCAUGACACACCGGCGCUCUUCGGUUUUGAUGCCACUGAUCGUCCACAGAUCGCCCUUCUCGGACAAGGCUCCAGACAGUACAGGCGGCAGUUCUACUCACAAGAGCAGAACCUUCCGGUUGUUUGUGAAGAUACCACACAUCAGGUCUCUGUUGUUAGCAGAUAUCUCCAUCUUGGUGGGAUCUUGCACCACCGAGUUGUGACACGUGUGGAAGUGACCCGGAGACUGGGAAUCGCUAACCAAGCAUUCUCCCAGCACCGUCGAAUUUUGUUUUGCAACCCCCAAUUGACCUGGGACAAGCGGCGGGAAAUUUUUACCACCCUUGUGCUCAGUAAACUUGUGUACGGCUUCGAAUCGUGGACAUUUGAGACCCAGCAGAUCAGAAGUCAACUUCAUGCUGGUAUCAUCAAAUUAUACAAACGACUGCUGGGACACAAACAUGCAGCUCACCUGACAGAUGAGGAAGUUUUGAUUGAAGCCAAUCUUCCUUCGCCCACAGACCUUUUGCGAGGUUGCCGUUUGCGCUAUUUUGGCACCUUGUACAAUUGUGGCAGAGCUGCGCAUUGGGGGCUUCUCACUGAAGAUCGACAGUGGAUUGAAUUGAUUGAAGAUGACUUCAAAUGGCUCUGGAUCCAACUCAGGAACAACACGGAUUUGCCUGACCCAGUGCACCAUUACCCAGUUUGGCAUGAUUUAUUACUCCACCACGGUGGAUAUUGGAAAAAGCUUGUCAAGAAGGGUAUUGCUCACGCUUGCCUCCAACGAGCCAACAAUGCAAUUGCGACUCAACUGCAUUGCCGGGUGGCCAAUUUUCUGCAUACGAAAGGCUGGGUCAGCAAGCUUCCCCAGAAAGCUUGUUCUGAGAUUGAUCCACCGCAAGUCUUUGGUUGCAUGCAAUGUGGCACUACCCAAGCCACGAAAGCUGGUGAGAGCGCACACAUGUUCAAACGACAUGGACAUCGUGCGUCUGCUAGAAAGCUUUUUGAUGGCACUGCUUGUCCACACUGUUUGAGGGAGUACCAUACACGUGCAAAAGUGUUAGCGCACCUUCGACAAGGGACUGUCUGUAGACGAAGUCUCAUUGGACGCAGAAUGCAGUGUAAUGUCAUGCCAGGUACUGGCUCCAGACUGGAUCAUGAUUUGGAAGCUGCCAUUGAUGGAGCAUUGCCGUUCCAAAUUGGUCAUGGACCGCAUCUGCCAGAUGAUACCAGACAUGACUUUGUUUCCUAUGACAUUGACGUCGUGGAGACGAUCUAUCUCUGUUUGGUUGAUUUCGCUGGAGAGGAGGAUUUGAAAACUGUCAUUUCACGUGAAGUCUGCAAUAUCCCGAUCAGCUGGUCGACAUGUCAUGCCACGUUUAAGUAUUUUUUGGAUACUUUUACAGAAGGUGAUGCUGAGCCGUUGUCUCUAAGUUUUGAGCAGGUUACAGCUUGCAUCCGAGAUCUUAUGCAGCCGACUCAUUGGCCUUUCUUGACGCGAUGCGCGCGACAAGAGUCAUCGAAGAAGGUUUGCUUAGAAGAUUGGGAAGAGUGGUUUGCAGAACAUGCGGUCAAUCCACAGUCGGCAUGGACACACUGUGGAGCAAUUCCCAGGGUAUUUGGUAAGCAGAAAAUUGUACUCCAUGCGUAUGCAGGCCGUCGCCGCCGUGGUGACAUCGAAUGGUACAUGUCUGAAAUUGCCAAAUUACACCCUGACCAUCUCAUCAUGACUGCAUCCGUGGACAUCAUUAUUGACUCUGUUUAUGGCGAUAUUUCAAGAGCUGACACACGUGACUAUUGGCUUUUUCACAUUUCCAAUGGCCAUGUGGUUGGAUUUAUCGCUGGACCCCCUUGCAAUACGUGGAGUAAGGUCAUGCUUGGCUCGCUGCUUCUUGGGUUUGCCUUCGAAUGCUUGGUAGCUUUAGCGACGUGCGCGGGAUCUGGGUUGCUCGAGCAUCCGAAAGACCCAGAAGAUCCGGAGCUGGUCAGCAUAUGGCGCCUGCCGAUCUUGAGAAUGAUUUUGACUUUGCCGAACAUGAGAACGAUUUCCCUUUCGCAAGGUCUUUUCGGCGCCCCAUCUGCAAAGCCUACGACUUUCCUGGUGCUUGGAUUGCCAACACUGGAGAGGGACCUGCACAGCAGUAUGUUGACACCACAUUUGCCACAAGGUGCAUCGAUAGGUAGAGAUUCAACUGGCCAGUAUAGAACGGCUCCACUUAAAGAGUAUCCGCCGGCACUCUGCCGUGCAAUUGCAGCAAGCUUUUGUACAGAUUUCGCCAGCAUGGAGUGCGGCGACAUUGAGCCACCAACUGACUUCGCCAACAAAUGCAUGGAAAUGAGCGAAGGUCAGAUGGAUGGCUUUAUAGGCCAUGAUGGUUAG